GGGCGCGGCGGGGCCGGCCGCCCCCGCACAGGCUCAAGAUGGCGGCGCUGAGGGCGGCGGGGGCGGCGUUGCUGCGGCCCGGGCGCGGGGAGGCGGUGACCAGGCUGGGCUACCACAAGAAGGUGGUGGAUCACUACGAGAACCCACGCAACGUUGGCUCCCUCGACCGCAACGCCAAGAACGUGGGCACCGGCCUGGUGGGCGCCCCGGCCUGCGGCGACGUCAUGAAGCUGCAGGUGGAGGUGGAUGAGCACGGGAAGAUCGUGGACGCCCGGUUCAAAACCUUCGGCUGCGGGUCGGCGAUAGCGUCGAGUUCGCUGGCCACGGAGUGGGUCAAAGGGAAGACGGUUGAUGAAGCCCUGAAGAUCAAGAACACAGAUAUAGCCAAAGAGCUCUGCCUUCCCCCAGUCAAACUGCACUGCUCCAUGCUGGCCGAAGACGCCAUCAAGGCUGCCUUGGCCGACUACAAGCUGAAGCAGGAUCCAAACAAAGGGGAGGCAGAGAAGGAAGCCAACCAGGCCUGAAGCUGCCUGCCAAGCUCACCCUCAUUCCACUCUGCGGUGCAAUCUCUCUAGCUGUUAGUAGGACCCUCUGCACUACUGCAGGAAGCUGUAAGAUACGCACAACUUACGCACAAGGUGUCGCUGCUCACCUGUCUACAGCCACUCUCCUGCUGCUUGCACCUCUGGGGGCCUGGCCCUGGCCACAACCUGUGUCCUCUCACCACCUGAAGAGUGAAGAAGGCUCCUCAGCUGCAGUGGCUUCUCUCAGGAGAGAGCAAUCCUGCUGUUCCGGUACUGGAAGGGCUGCACUUUGUUAGUUUUCUUUGGUUUUGGGGGGGCACUGGGGAAAGAUGUAUAGUUUUGCCUAAUAUUUUACAGAAUUGAGUUGGGGAAACCUUGCCUCUGUCUCCAUGUUGGUGUGAGAGCUGCAGCUCAGCCUC